AUGGGAGGCCGACACGCGUUUCCAGAGCCUGUGUCUGAAGCAAUAGUGGCGAUAUUCGGCUGCGCGCUACGAUCUUCGUUUCUCACGCUGACGGCCCCGCGUAAGUGCAACGUCUGCCCGCGUAGUGUUGCGAACGGCGUGCUGCACAUCGCGCGGUCGCCGGCAGUCGCCGACUGGCGGCGCGCACGCACGCACGCACGCCCCCCCGCGCGCCCCGCGCCGCCGAAAAUGCGCCGCGUAAAAAUACGGCGGGAGGGGGCGCGUAAAAAC